AUGAAGAACUUCCUCAUCACCCUCCUGGCCGCGGCCUCGGCCCUGCAGGGCAUCGUGGCGGCGCCUGUUGCCACCACAAACGCUCUUUCUCUCUCAUCCCCGGUUCUUGAAACUCGCCAGCGCGGCGGCGGUGGCGGCGGCGGUCACGGAGGUGGCGGUGGAGGCCGCGGAGGCGGAGGUGGUGGCGGUGGUCGUGGCGGCAAUGGUGGAGGAGGCCGUGGUGGUAACGGUGGUGGGCGUGGCGGAAACGGCGGCAACCGCGGAGGCAGCGGCGGCAACCGAGGUGGGAAUGGAAACGGAAACGGAGGCGGCAACCGCGGCCAGCGCGGCAACGGUGGGAACCGAGGCGGCAACGGCAAUGGCGGCAACGGCGACGGUCGCCAUCGUGGCGGUAGCGGCGUUGGCGGUGCCGUGGCCGGGGGUGCCGUCGGUGGCGCGGUUGGAGGUGCCGCCGGUGCCAACUUUGGCAAUCCAGGAUAUCCAGGCAAUCCAGGCAAUUUCGGCAAUCCCGGCGGCUUCGCCGAUGCCCCAGACACCAACUCUGGUGACGACGGCGACGACGGCUCCAACGGAUAUGACGGCAACGACUUUACGGAUCCCAAUGGCGCUGAUGGCGGCGACGACUCGGCCGACAAUACCGUCCCUGCCAACGACCCGGCCAACGUCCCUGCCGACACGCCGGUCGAUGACUCGGCUCCGGACCCGGCCGAGGUGCCUGCGGAUGAAUCCACAGACGACGCCACCGCGCCUGCCGCUGAAGAGGCUGCUCCGCCCGCCGACGAUGCUGGCGCCGCCGAGAACGACGCCGAUGCUGCACCCACGCCUGCCGCCCGCAAAUAG